AUGGGUCCGUCCACUUACGUUGGUAUUUUUUUACUCUGUAUUCUCACGUUGUCCCGUUGCAAAUCCGGCAAAGAAGAGUACGGGACUGUCAUAGGUAUUGAUCUGGGUACAACUUAUUCAUGUGUUGGUGUUUUCAAGAACGGACGUGUUGAAAUCAUCGCAAAUGACCAAGGCAAUCGUAUAACCCCAUCUUAUGUUGCAUUCUCUGGUGAUGGUGAACGACUGAUUGGUGAUGCAGCCAAAAAUCAAUUGACCUCAAAUCCUAAGAAUACUUUGUUCGACGCCAAACGACUCAUCGGUCGUGAUUAUGACGAUAAAGAUGUGCAGGGUGAUAUUAAACGUUAUCCGUUCAAGGUGAUAAAUAAGAACAAUAAACCGUAUAUGAAAGUUCAAGUAGGGAGUGAGGAGAAGGGCUUCGCCCCCGAGGAGGUUUCGGCUAUGGUUCUUAGUAAAAUGAAGGAAAUUGCCGAGGCCUAUCUUGGCACUGAAGUUACCCACGCUGUCGUCACUGUGCCCGCCUACUUCAAUGACGCUCAACGUCAAGCGACCAAAGAUGCUGGUGCCAUUGCUGGUCUGACUGUGUUGCGAAUUAUCAAUGAACCAACUGCCGCUGCGAUUGCCUAUGGUUUGGAUAAAAAAGAUACUGAGAAGAACAUCCUCGUAUUUGAUCUUGGUGGUGGCACCUUCGAUGUCUCCCUCCUGACAAUCGACAAUGGUGUGUUUGAAGUUGUCGCGACCAGUGGUGACACUCAUCUUGGUGGUGAAGACUUCGAUCAGCGCCUCAUCGAUUACUUCGUCAAGUUAUACAAGAAGAAGGAAGGCAAGGACAUUACAAAGGAUGAUCGCGCAGUUCAAAAACUGAGACGUGAAGUUGAGAAGGCAAAACGCACGCUUAGCACAGAGCACAGCACAAUGAUCGAGAUCGACAACCUCUUUGAAGGCAAAGACUUCUCUGAACCUUUGACAAGAGCUCGUUUUGAAGAGUUAAAUAAUGACCUCUUCCGUAGCACUCUCAAACCCGUUAUGAAGGUGAUGGAAGAUUCUGGUCUUAAAAAGGAGGAUAUUGAUGAUAUUGUCCUCGUUGGUGGGUCCACAAGGAUACCCAAAAUUCAACAGCUAGUUAAGGAGUUCUUUAACGGAAAGGAACCAAGCAGAGGCAUCAAUCCUGAUGAAGCUGUCGCUUACGGUGCCGCAGUGCAAGCUGGUGUUAUUAGUGGUGUUGAAGACACUGGUGAUAUCGUGCUCCUCGACGUUUGCCCCUUAACCAUGGGUAUUGAGACUGUCGGAGGUGUUAUGACUAAACUCAUCCCUAGAAAUACUGUCAUUCCCACCAAAAAGUCGCAAAUCUUUUCGACUGCUGCUGAUAAUCAGCCAACUGUCACUAUUCAGGUGUUUGAGGGUGAGCGUCCGAUGACUAAGGACAAUCACUUCCUGGGCAAGUUCGACCUGACAGGCAUUCCGCCGGCUCCUCGUGGUUUACCUCAAAUCGAAGUUACCUUCGAAAUUGAUGUGAAUGGUAUUCUCCGAGUAUCCGCCGAGGACAAAGGUACUGGAAAGAAAAGCAAUAUUGUCAUAAACAAAGAGACAAACCGCCUCACUCCUGAGGAAAUUGAGCGCAUGAUUCAGGAUGCCGAGAAGUUCUCUGAUCAGGAUAAACAAGUCAAGGAGCGUGUGGAGGUCCGCAAUGACCUUGAGAGCCUUGCAUACUCCAUUAAAAACCAGGUCAAAGAUAAGGAGAAGAUGGGUGGGAAGUUGAGUGACGAUGAGAUUAAGACUAUAGAGGAUGCAGCUGAUGAGGCUAUUAAGUGGAUGGAGAAUAAUCCACAGGCCGAGACCAGUGAUUACAAGAAGCAGAAGGCGAAUCUCGAGAGUGUUGUUCAGCCCAUCGUGAGCAAGCUCUACGAAGGCGCGGCUCCUCCUCCUCCGACUGAAAGCACGCCGAAGGAGGAGUUAUAA